AUGUCGGAGAUCGACCUGAUCAGCAGCCUGCUCGACAAGGUUGCCAAGAAGCAGCGGGUCGACACCGUUCCCCAGCGCCUGGACGAGAUGCUCCAGAUCCUCGACUCCUGGGAAGACUCGGGUGCUGACGACGACUCUCGCGCUGCGGCGCUCGCCUCACUCGGCAGCAAGCUCGAGGCGGUUGGCGUGGCGCAAGGAGAGAGCUCGACGGCGCGCGAGCUCGAGUCGUCGGUGCGCAAGCUGGGCAAGGCCGUGUGCAAGGCCAUGCCCCAGCCCACGCUGCCGGACGUGCCGCUCGACGACGGCGCGCUGGUCCAGGUGCUCUACGUGCACAUGCUCUGCGCCGGACGGUUCGACGUGGCGCUCGCCCUCGAGCGGGAAGCCGCCGACGCGAUCGCGGCGCCGACGCUGCAGCUGCGUGCGCCGCUCGAGGCGCUGCACGCCGCCCUCUCCGCCUUGCGCGCUCGCGAUCUCUCGCCGGCGCUGGCAUGGGCGGCGGACCACCGAGAGCGGCUCGAGGCUCUCGGGUCGCGGCUGCCGUUCCUGCUCGCGCGACUCGCCUUUGUGUCACAUCUCGAGAAAGGCGAGACGCUGGCCGCCCUCGCGCUCGCUCGGGAGCGGUUGCUCCCGCUCGCGCUCGGUGAGGGCUGCCGCUCCCCCCGGGGCAAGAUCGAGCUGUCGGCGACGGUGCUGCGCGGUGCGGCGGCGGGCGAGUGCGCGCACGGGAUCGCAGCUGUGCGGUCUCUGAUGGGCUCGCUCGCAUUCGCGCCGGCGCUGCGCGGCUCGCGGUAUGAGUGGCUGCUCGAGCCCAGCCUGGCGGAGGAGGCUUGUGAGGCGCUCACGUGCGAGGCGCUCGCGGCGCUCGGCCUGCCGCGCGGGUCUGCCCUCAGCUCCUGCGUGGCGGCGGGGGAGGCGGUGCUGCCUCGGCUGGUCAAGCUCUCCUCCCUCCUCGGCCCCAAGUUUGUCGACGUGUGGCGGUCGGGCGGCGAGCUCCCGGUUGAGCUCGAGCUGCCCCCGACGCACCGCAUGCACCACUCCAUCUUUGCGUGCCCCGUCUCCAAGGAGCCGACCACGCCGGGAAACCCGCCCAUGCUGCUGCCGUGCGGCCACGUGCUCGCGCUCGGCUCGCUGACGAAACUCGCGCGCGGAAGCCGCACCGUCCGGUUCAAGUGCCCGUACUGCCCGGCCGAGGCCACCACCGCGAUGGCCAAGGUGCUGCACCUUUAG